UCUCUCAUCUCCUCUUUCCUUUUUUCCUAUUUAUUCUCAUUUUCAUAACUACUUUUAUUGCUCUUCUUUUCUCUUUCCGCUCUAAUAUUAGUAAUUGGUAGAAUGCCACAAAAAGAUGCUACACAUCUUGACCCUUUCCUAUUUUUUUCUUCUUAGCCCUCAGAAACAUAUUGGGUAUGGAGAUCGAAAGCAAUAGUCAGCAAUCUCUCCAUCUUCCGGAAGAAAUCAUUGGAGAAAUACUGCCAAGACUGCCGGUGAAAUCACUGUUGAGAUUCAGGUGCGUUUCCAAAUCAUGGGGCUCUUUAAUUGGCAGCGAAAGAUUCAUAAAAAAACACCACCAAAAUUCGAUGAAAAACCCCUCUUUCACCCAACAAAGGUUCAAUGUAGAGGCGAAUUUGUUUGAAUGGCCUGAGCAAUGUUCUCUGCUGUCGGUUUUGAGCGGACCAAUAAAUACUAUCCCUUUUUCUCCUUUAGCUUAUCCAACGAAUACUACAUUAUGGCCUCGUUUAGUUUAUCCAAGGAUUACAUUGUCGAUGGGAUAUGACAUUGUGGGGAGCUGUAAUGGGCUUCUCUGCAUUGUCAGUAUUGACAAUGUAUUUCACUUGUGGAACCCAUCCACUAGAAUAUCCAAGAAACUGCCAGAAAUUUCAAUUGUUUAUUAUCUCGACGAUUUUGAUAAUUUCGGAUUCGGUUGGGUUGAAUCGAGUGAUGAGUACAAGGUGUUUGUGAAUGUGGUUGAAUAUAACUCCAGCGUUGGUGAAAUUUAUAGUACCAGGACAAAAUCAUGGAAAACAAUUGAGCUCUGCCCAUAUUUCCUUCCAUUUAGCAAGGGGGGGCUGUUUGGAGGUGGGAAGCUUUACUGGAUGUACGAGGAUGAUCAAGUUAUUAUUUUCUUGGACUUGAAGAGUGAGGUGUUUGGAAGGAUUGAGAUUCCCUUUGAUCAAGAGAUGUAUGGAGAGAUUGAUCAAGAGAAGGACGACAUUGACCUGGGUGUGCUUGGUGGUUUCGUUUGUCUGCUAUGUUUUAAUUAUCAAAUUAGAUGCUAUCAAGUUUGGGUUAUGAAGGAGUCUUGGGAGAAAGUGGUGACUCUUUCUCAUCUUCUUGAGCUUCUUCAACCACCAUUGGUGAAAGGUUUAAAUGGAGAGAUUUUGGUAAAUUGUGGAUCCAUUGUGGUGGUCUAUGAUUGUCGGGAUAAUGUGUUCCGCAACCUCAAGUAUUGUUCCUGUUGUGAGGAUACUGGGUUCAGCAGCCACGAGGAUUGUGUCGAUUCAACUUCACAUGAUGUCUAUGUUGAAAGUUUAGUCUCGCCAGAAGAUUUAUGAAACAAGUCUUAGAACAUGAUUGUGACUGGUUUCAUAGCUUUUUUGAUGAUAGGUGUUUUAUUUCGAUGCUUUAUAUAUAUAAAUAUAUAUUUUGAUCUUGUAGAUCCUAGUCCUCCCUUAGUACUGUAGACCCUUGUAUUUAUUUAUAAUGUUAAAUAAAAAUAUUUAUUUAUG